AUGGAAUUACAGGGAUACACAACAAGUGUUCAUAACUUUGGCACAAACUUGGAUGUUGUGAUGAAGAACAUCUGGCUCAUCCCCACCAAUGUACACAGUUCUCAUUGGGUACUAAUGAUUGUGUUCUUCAAGUGGAAAAUUAUUCUGUAUCUUGAUUCCAAACAUGGCAUCUUCACCAAGUACACCAACAUGCUGCAAACAUUUAUAGAGAUGCAGUCAGCUUCAGCAAUGAAUUGGUCAGAGUGGAUCAUUCAUGCACCUCUUGACAUACCAGUUCAAAAGGACUCUUCCAACUGUGGGGUGUUUAUUAUUUCAGUGAAUACAGAUUUCACUGUUUCCGUUUAUGACAUUACAUCAAGAAGUGUUUAUCUCCAGUGGCUCAAAUUUCCAGGGGCCUUUUCUUAUAGAGCCAUGGCAACCCCUAUGAACACAAUGGGGCACUCUUCGUCAGCCUAUUUCAGUGACAUUACACUUGUAGGCGCUCUAGCAUCACUGGCUCCGAACACAGUCUACACUAUAAAAGUGGAUGCUAUUGAUAAGGAUGGAGUUAUACUGGCUGAAGCUCAGACAAUGCAGUUAACAGCUCCUGAGAUUCCCACUAUUGAACAGACUUAUUCAAAACUGAGUAACAGUAUCACAGUGGAAUGGGCAUCUGUCACAGGAGCAUCCAGUUACCUGCUGACAGCACAGGAUGGAGAGUCAUUCAUUGAAACCAUAGUGACAAACUCACCAGGCACUCUGAGAGGGUUGAAGGCUGCUACACUGUAUAAAAUCACCAUCCGAUCUAUAAACGCUGGAGGAAGAAGCCAGCCUUCACCUUCAAAGAAGGCAAAAACAGUGCUUGCCGCACCAAUCCUGAAAGCAAGUUCCCAAAGUUAUGACAACAUUGUUGCAAGUUGGAGAGCUGUAGAUAUGGCUGUUGGAUUUUUUGUGUCUGUCGUGAGAUCAGAUGGCUUGGGCAGCAUGUUGAAAGAAAACACCACCAACAGCUCCCUGACAUUUUCCAGCCUAGACCCAGGAACUCUCUAUACUAUCAAGGCACAUGCUUGGGAUGCUAAUGGGAUACCUGGGGAUGACUUCACCUACAACCAAAGAACAAGGCCUCAUGCACCAGGAGAUGUUCAAGUGGUUUUUGACAGUGGAGCUUUGAGAGCAACUGUUUCUUUCAUCCCAACAGAAGGCACUUCCAGUUACAUAAUUGCAGCCUACAGUGGCACCUCCAAAGUAAACUGUAGUACAACUUCCAGUUCCUGCACUAUCCCAUUGCUGAAGUGUGGGGCUGAGUAUUCCCUGGUAGUUGCAGCAAGCAAUGAGGCUGGUUCCAGCACACCUACAGAGUCUGUGACUUUCAGAACUGUCCCGUGUGCUCCAGAAAGUAUAAUAAUUGAAGAGGAUGAGCCAGGCUACAUGGCAGUGUCAUGGUCAGAUGUUGAUCUAGGUGAUUAUUAUGUGGUCUUUGUGAAAAGUAAUGAUGGCUUGGAGGUACACUGCAACACAUCACAUACCCAGUGUCAAUUCCGAUCAGACUGCGGCUUCACCUAUUUUAUUAGUGUCUUUGCCUAUAACAAGGCAGGGCAAAGUCCAUUAGGUGACAUAUUUAAUUUUACAACAGCACCUUGCUGCCCAAUUGAUGUUAUUCCAGCAUUUGUAUCCAGUGACACAAUUCAGAUUGUCUGGUCUCCUGUCCGUGGUGCUGAAAUGUAUGAAACUAAAGCUGUUGACUGGGCCAAUGAGCUGCUAUGCAAUGACACUGCAACAGUUUGUACCCUAUCUGCACUGCAGUGCAACACUCAGUACAACAUCACUGUUUAUUCAUUAAGUGAAAUCAGGGGCAGCAAUACAUCAUGUGCAUCUAAACAUGUGGCAACAGCUCCAUGUAGUCCGGAAAUAAUAAAUGUCUCAAAGGAUGCUGUCUCUGUAAUUAGUGUGCACUGGCAUGGCAAUAACAAUGAAGCGACAUACACAAUCACUGCCAAAGGAGAGGCAGGAAUUUGGUAUUGUAGAAGCUCUGGAAAUUCAUGCACCAUCCAUAAUCUCCCAUGUGGGUCACUGUUCUCUGUCAAUGCUGUAGCAAGUACAGAAGCAGGACACAGCUUGCCUAGUUACAGUGUUCCUUUAGAGACUGCGCCUUGCUGCCCAGUGAAUCUUGCAGUAACUCAAGUGACGCAGUCUGUAACAAACAUCAGUUGGUCUACUGGGACUGGUGCAAAGACAUACAUAACAAUUUUGGAGUCGCACAAAGGACAAACCAGGUGUCACACACUCCAAAACUACUGCCUCCUAGGAUGCAUUACAUGUGGAACCAACUACAGUGUGUCUGUCAAAGCAGUAAGCGGAACAGGCUUAAUAUCAGAUUGUAUAUACACAGAAUUUUUUUCUAGUGCCUGCUGCCCUUCUGGAGUUAAACUAUAUAGACUGGGCAACAGUGGCAUACGAAUAUACUGGCGGAAUUCCAGAGGUUCAAUCAACUAUAGCACAGAUCUUUAUGGCUCGAAGGGAAAUUUCACCUGUGCACCGAAAACAGACCUAACUUAUUGUGAUAUCACUGAAAUCCCCUGUGGGGAUGUCUAUACAGUUGUGGUGUCACCUUUAACUGAUAGUGAGGGAUCAAGAGUUGCAUUUUGUCCUAAGAAGAUAUAUUCAGUGACAUGCUCUGGAAAUUCAGUAGGGAUGGUGAUUUACAGGGGGAAGAAAAGUCCAGGUCACUACCAGGUGCUACAGAAAAAUAAAGACUAAAAGAAACAGGUAAGAAUAUCAGAGUAGUAUCUCAUUAUGGCUUUUAGUUCCAUGGCCAGUGCACCACUGAACUCAU